GGUAACCUUAAUCAGAGAAAAAGCUAAAGAAUUUGCGGUUGCUUUGGGUCGCGAAAAUUUUUCUGCUAGUGUAGGGUGGUUAGAUAAAUUUAAAAAAGGCAUAAUAUCGCACAAAUGUCGAUUUGUGGAGAAAGUGCUUCAGCCGAUUUACAGUCUAGUGAAGAUUGGAAAAAAACGUUUUGCCAGAUUUAAUCAGACAAUACCACGAAAACGAUAUUUUUAAUGCAGAUGAAACGGGCAUUUUUUUUUAAAUGUUUACCCAAUAAAACAUUAGCCUUUAAAGGUCAAAAAUGCUUUGGUGGCAAAAACAGCAAGGAGAGAAUUACCGUUAUGGUUGCAAGCAAUAUGAGUGGUUCAGAAAAGUUGAAAUUGCUAGUUAUCGGCAAGUCAAAAAACCCACGUUGUUUUAAGGGUAUAAAAUCACUUGAUGUGGACUAUGAGUACAACAAAAAAGCGUGGAUGACAAGUUAAAUUUAUGAUAAGUGGCUCAAAAAUCUAGAUAAAGUCUUUGUUGCCCAAAAUAGGAAAAUACUACUGUUCGUUGACAAUUGUCCCGCACAUCCUAAAAAUGUACAAGCAAAUUUAAAAACUUUAACUGCAAUAAUUAAAACUGCAAUAUUUUCCUCCUAAUUUGACGUCUGUUCUACAACCAAUGGACCAAGGGAUUAUUCAAAAUCUCUAUCAACUACUACGACUGUGUCGUUACUUGAUGCAAUCAGGAAUCUAAACAAAUCCUGGAAUUUGCGCGUAAAACCACAAACAAUCAGCAAUUGUUUUAGAAAGGCUGGUUUUGCUAAAGGUGAGUUAAUGCAGAAUGCUACUACGGAUGACUGGGAUGAAAAAGAUGAUCUUCCAUUGUCUGAAUUGAAACAAAUUUGGACCACAUAUCGAACGGCAAUGGGAACCGAUAAUGUGUCUUUUGAUGAUUACGUCGAUAUUGACGAUGGUGUGCAAACAAUGGGAUUCCCAACAGAUGAAGACAUUUUAGAUAGCGUCAUGGAAAAUCUAGUUCCUUCUGGAAAAGACUUAGAGGAGGAAGUCUCUAGUGAAAGCGAGGUUGAAACAACAACUGAAACUAUACCCACAUUUAAUCAAGCUAUCUAUCUGCUAUUCUGCUAUCCAGACCCUAAGAAAUUUUACUUCGUCAAAAGAAAAUGUUCCCAAUGCAGUACAUGCGUCAAUAAAUGUAGUGGAACAUUUUAUAGAGAAAGAGAAAUGGUCCGUAUUUAAACAAAAAAAAAUUACCAAUUUUUUCCAAUAAGAAUUUAUAUACAUUUUUUAUAUACUACAUAUGUAUUACAAACUGUCUUAUUAAAUAAACAUGUACAUACAUACAGAGCAA